UUAACUAAGUUCAUGGUUUAGGGUUUUAGGGUCCGCCAUGGCGCUGCGGAGGUUUGUGGCCGCAUUCCCGCGGCGCCGCUGCCGCUCGCCCCCAAUCCAGGUUCGCUCUCGCCGCAUUUGCCUCAUCAUCGACAGCCGCGUGAUCGACAGCUACAGGGACGAGGACGAUGACGGCGAUGGCAGCAGCGGCGGCACUCACGCGCUGGCGCUGCCCGACACCACCGCCUACGCGAAGAAGCACAAUCUCAUCGUCCGGAGGUCGGAGCCGGACGAAAUCGCCGGCUUCUCCCUCCCAAAAGUCCCCGCCCUGGCCGGGAUGGCGCUGCCCGAGCUCCUGGGAUCCAAAACCUAUCGCCCCACGCGCCGGGACAACGAGCUCGUCAACGAUCUGUGCCAUCUCCUGGAGCAAGGCAGCGUCUCUCCCUGGGAGCUCGAGGACGUUGUCCGGAGCAAUGGCGGGGUUCUCAUGCCUUACCACGUCUGCGAGGUUCUCAAGCACUACACCCGGGACGUGGAGCUCGCCUACGCCUUCUUCAAGUGGGCCGACCUCCACUCGGGCUUCCAGCACGACAACUUCUCUUGCAACGCCAUCCUCAAGAUCCUGGGCUUGCACAGGCGCUACGACGAGAUCAAGAGGGUGAUGCUGGGGAUGGAAGAACAGAUGAUCCCCAUGACGUACGUCACAUAUAGGAUCCUCCUCCGGAUCUACGUCGACGCGUCCAUGGUGGAGGACGCGCUGGAAACGUUCCACAAGAUGGAGUUUUCGGAGAUCAAGCCGACGCUGGACGACUACCACUAUAUAAUGUUUAAGCUCAUCCGGCUCAAGUGCCCGCGGGUGGUGCCCAUGAUCUUCGAGAGCAUGAGGAAGAACCUCGUCCGGCCCAACACGCAGACGUACAACUUCCUCAUCAGCAGCCUUUGCUCGCUUGGAAAGAUGGCGGAGGCGCGCUGGCGGUUUAGCUACAUGAAGAAGUACUGCGACCCGGACGAGUUCACGUACGCGGCGCUCAUCAACGGGUUUUGCAAGUGCAUGGACACGGAGGUGACGCUUGAGCUGCUGGAAGAAAUGCUGGCCAGGGGCUUGCGGCCAAACUUGGCGCUCUUCAACAUGAUGAUGGACGCGCACUCGAGGAGUGGCAAGCACGAACAGGUGAUCGCUCUGUUCGAGAGAAUGGUGGAGCACGAGUGCCGGCCGGAUCCAAAGUCGUACAGAGUUUUGGUGGAGGCGUUUGCGGUGUCUGGGAGGAUCGACGAGGCUUUCGGUUUUGUACAGAGAUAUGCCGACAGCGAGAACGCUCCGCACCUGGGCGCUUACAACACGCUCAUGAACAGGCUUGGCAAGGCGAACAAGGCCCAUGCCGCUCUCGAGAUUUUCUACAAGAUCAAGGACAGGCCGAACUACAAGCCGGACCUGGUCACGUACAACGUUUUGAUCGACUUGCUGGGAAAAGUUGGGAAGAUCGACGAGUGCUGGAGCUGCUACCAGAAGAUGAGGCUUCACUUCCAGCCGGAUAUAUUCUCCUACAACACCUUGCUGGGAAGGCUGGGGAGGGCCGGGAGAGUUGAUCUCUUUGCAAGCGUCCUGGACGACAUGAGCAGAGACGGCGUUCAGCAGGACCGCAUCACGUAUGCCAUUCUGGUGGAAGGAUACGCGAGAGCUGGCAAUCUGGACGUUGCGCUCGCAUACUUGGAAGAGAUGAAGAGCUCUGGCUUCUCUCCGACUCCAAGCGCCUUGGAAGUUCUCGUGAACUCUCUGCUCAAGGCCGGGAGAUUUGGAGCAGCGGAGGCUGUCGUCCAGGAGAUGGCAGCUAUCAACGGUGGUCCUGGGAAGAAAAUUGUUACUGGCACAUUAGCAGCGUAAACAGGGAUGGAGAAAAACCGUGAUGGUGCUAAAUAACAACACUUCCAGUCCAGCAUGAGGAGAGGGCGGCGGGCAUAUUCUGGCCAAUCGCUUAAGCACAAGUCCGAGAGGAAGGCACGAGCUAUGGCGGCGACUUAACAGCUUUGCUCGAGGCACAGUGAUCUGAUCCGGGCUGGGAAUAGGAGGCAGGAGAUUAUGUAGGAUUUGACGCUGCAUCGAGGAUGUUCUCCUGCUUCAACCCAAAGUACAAGAGACAACAGAAGGCGGCGUCAUUCAAGAUCAUCACUUUGAACGUGGAGGAGGCUAGUCAUCUGGGAAGCAACGAGGCAGUGUCAUUCAGUGCUCGUGACAUAAACCAAGCGACCGGGAACUACUCUCCGUCUCGGAAGAUCGGGCAAGGGGGAUUUGGAACUGUCUACUAUGGAAAGCUUCGUGACGGUACUCCAGUUGCUGU